AUGGCAACGACAAAGCCUAUAACUAUGCUCGUGGCGCGCAGUCGUCCAGCAUCUACUUUCACAGCUUCAACAAUUCGCACCUUUACACCCGUCGCACCCAGAGCAACUUUCUCAACUUCUCAAUUCCGAGGCGCCACCCCAUCUGGACCUCCGCCGCCGGGCUUCAGACUGCCAAAACCUGUAAGAUGGGACCAGAGUAAGGAGAGCACCAUGGAUAAGGCGGGGAAAUACUUUCUCAUGUCGGAGAUGUUCCGGGGCAUGUAUGUGGUACUGGAACAAUACUUUAGACCUCCAUACACAAUUUAUUAUCCUUUCGAGAAGGGUCCAAUUUCUCCGCGAUUCAGAGGCGAGCACGCUUUACGAAGAUAUCCUUCAGGAGAAGAACGAUGCAUUGCUUGCAAGCUUUGCGAAGCUAUUUGUCCUGCACAAGCUAUUACUAUCGAAGCGGAGGAGCGUGAAGAUGGAAGCCGCAGAACAACCCGCUACGAUAUCGAUAUGACAAAGUGUAUCUACUGUGGUUUUUGCCAGGAGAGUUGUCCAGUCGAUGCUAUUGUGGAGUCACCAAACGCCGAAUACGCUACAGAGACGAGAGAGGAGUUAUUGUACAACAAGGAGAAGUUACUGGCUAAUGGAGACAAGUGGGAGCCGGAAUUGGCAGCAGCAGCCAGAGCUGAUGCGCCAUAUAGAUAA